AUGUCGAACAAACCUUCUUUCGCCUCUAGUGAGCCGGUUUCUCCGGGACGCGACUUACUGGUAUUGAGCGUUGGCGGAGGUGGAACAGGGAAGGGGACAGAGGGGAAAUAUGCGAAACUGCGCAAGUCGACGAGCCAGUCGAAGUUGAUGGUCGUCGCCUUUUCGCUUGGCGAGCGCUGCCGGCGGGUACUAACGAAGCGAAAGUCUUCACCACAGUUCGAGAUUGACGACCCGGUGGAUCAUGAGGUUGAUCAGAUGGCCGAGACGGACGCUGAAAGAGUGCACUCGGAUCCUGCUCAUGUCUCUCAGCUCAGCCGGCCGCCGUCCCCCUGCCUCUCUCCAAGACCCUCCUCCAUCAGCUCCGCUCGUGUUUCCUACGACUCUUCCUUCAUCACCCUCAGCUACACCGAAUCCGCCCGCAGUAGUCUCAGCUCCGAUCUCAGCUUUUGGUGCCGUGGUCUCGACCCCGCUUGGGAAUGCGACUUCGGUGCUGCUAACGAUCGUCCAAAAAACCUCGUUUCAUCCGCCUCAUGA